UGUCUGCUUCUAGUACCAUAAAAACGCCGAGUCGUUUAAUUGGGCCAGAAAAAACGCAGUCUCUCUUUUUCUCUUCUUUGCUUUGCUCGUGGACACUCUUCCUCAUCUCGGCGGAUUCAGAAGUUGAUUUUGAUAUUUGCAUAAUCAGUAUCAGGGUCUAUAAUUUUGAAAAUGCCGUCCCUUCAAACUGCACUACCUCCUGAGCUCGCCAACAAUGCCAUUAGGCUUUAUCGUGAAUGCCUGCGAAGAGCUAAAUAUAUUGGUCAUCGGCAACAUAACACGGAGCUUCUUGUUGAUAUGGUGAGACAACAGUUUAAGAAACACAUGCAUGAGACAGAUCCCGAGAAGAUUCAAAAGAUGAAGGAUGAUGCUGCAAGGGGACUUAUCAAUCACAUACUGUACGAGUCAGAGCAAAUGUCUGGUCGUAAAUUUAGCAAGAGUCCUCCUAAAGCUGCUUAGUUUGCUUUAUUCCAAAUGAUUCAGUUUGUCCAUCAGUACAAGGUUUUGCGGAUCAAACAUGUAGAAGAAAACCUUCCAAGGUGUUUAUGAUGUAACAUGUUAAACUGUUGAAAUAAAAAAAUUGUGGAAAAUAGCGGGAUGGCUUUUUUUCUGUUACUCUUUUUCAUAUCAAGAGUCCUUAAAUUUCGUAUGACUACUUUCUAGUUUCUACCAAAUGAUUCAAUAUCUCUAUCAACUCAAGGUUUGGCAAAUAAUGAUUCCAGAACACCCUGCCUUCUUGUGGGUGAUUCUUUUGACUUUUGUAUCAGUGCAGAACUAAUAACUAAACCUGUGGAGGAAAUAGC